AUGGGAUAUUCUAAUACUAAAAUUGAGGAACCUUUUAGUAAAAAAUUGAGAUCUAAAGCAAUUAUUAACUUUAAUAAACUAAAUAUCAAAACAAUGGAACUAUAGAUAAAUAAGGAACGGCACUUUUAUGGUAUUAAACUCUUUUAAAUCAUUAGGAAAUCUAACUAUGCUAAACUAAAUACUGAAGCAUUAUUUGAAGUUUUGGAUUUUGAUUAAACUGAAGAUAUUACUGAAUGGAUGGCUUUUUUGGAUAUUGUUAAACAAAAUGGUUAUUCUGAAGAAAUAUCAAGUUUUACGUAGUCAAUCUAUUAUUAUUUCUUAGUUAGAUGAAUUAAGGGAAGGUAAGGCUUGGGUAUAAUUUAAAAGAGUUGACAGAUUUAUUAAAAUUGAUGAGUAAUAAAGAGGAUCAAGAGUUAAAUCAAUUAUCUAAGAAGAAAAGAAGAGGCUUUCAGUAUUCUAACCAGCGCGAUUACAAAAAUGUAAAAAAUGCAUACUGAAGGAUAAGAGUUAUUUUAAGAGCAAGAACAAUAAUAAUGAUUAUAUCAAUACUUAUCAGAAGAUUUUACUAUAAAUAUUACAGUUUUUAUUUUUGUAAAUUAGUUGCAAAUUGAAAUAUAUUUAUACAUUUGUAUUCAUAUUUUAAAUCAAAGUUUCAAAUAUGCCAAAUAAAAUUUGA